GGCUGAACGGCACGGACCCUGCCAUCCCCACGGCGGACGUGCUGUCCCCGACGCGUACGCCGGUGACGCGACGUUGCACGCACAGCCAGUUUCACACCCGCCCCGAGGGAGGCCGCGCCCACCUCCCCCUAACUUGCCUACCACCACCACUCCCAUCUCGGGUCUCGGCCUCCUCCCCCCUGCCGUUAAACGCUACCGACUCCCCAGCUCCCGACCGCGAAACGCCCCAAAUGGUUUAGCCGCAGACUUCGACGAAUUAGCGCAAUGCCGGCGGCGGCGUGGAGUAGCAGCGGCGGUGGUGACCACCUACGCGGGCAUGCGCACCUGACCAACUGCAUCCACCUGCGGCACCACCACGCGCAAGCGCACGGCGCGUCCGGGCGGAGGCCCAGCCCCACGGGGUCGUCCGCGUCGGCCUCGGCCGCGCUGAUGCGGGACCUCCUCGCGCUGCAGCGCUCGCGCUCUCUCCGGGACCCCUCCACGCGCCGCUCGGUCGACUCCGCAUCCAACAGGGACGCCGACGCCGACCACUCCCUCCGCGGCGGGCUCAAGACCCUCCUCGACCAGCUAGCGGAGAACCCGCAGCCCAAGCCCUCGCGCCGCCCUCGGCGACGCUUCAAGCGCGGGGCCGGUCGCCGCGCAGCUCCCGCGGCUGCCUCCAGCGGCGCUUUAGAUCGCCCCGCCGUCUCCGUCAACUCCAGCUCCCAGGAGGCCGUCUGCGGCAACAAGUACCUUUUCAGCGCCGGCGGAGGAGACGACGGCGGUGGUGGCGAGGAGCUGCUGCUGCAGCAGGUGUCGCACGACUCACGCAUCGUGUGCGGCAUCCCGUGGAACUGGUCGCGCAUCCACCACCGCGGCAAGUCCAUCCUCGACAUGGCGGGCCGUAGCCUCUCGUGCGGCCUGUCAGACCCCAUGUCGGCGUCGGCGGCGCGGAGGUUCGAAGCCGCCACCUCCGCUGCCUCGUGCGGUCACAUGAACGGGUCGCGUUCGCACCCGCAUUUCCCGGUGACGGCGAGGCUGACUUCCUCGACCAGUUCGGACUCCGACUCUCUGCCUCUGCUUGUCGAGGGCGCGCGCAAUGGCAUCGGUGGCAUUUCCAGUAGCUUCUCUGGGGAGCUCGGGAUUUUGUCCAAGAGCAGCGAGAUAGAGUCUGACCUCGCGUCCGAGGCACGGUCAGGUCAGAGGUCACGGGGCUCGCACGGUGGCCGGCACCGGAGCUUGACACAGAAGUAUGAGCCGACGACUUUCAAGGACGUCGUUGGGCAAAGCUUGGUGGUGCAGGCGCUGUCCAAUGCCAUUCUGAAGAAGAAGAUUGGGCUGGUGUAUGUCUUCUACGGGCCACAUGGUACAGGCAAGACGUCAUGUGCGAGGGUGUUUGCGAAAGCUUUGAAUUGCCAUUCUGCUGAGCACCCAAGGCCCUGUGAUUCAUGCGCGUCUUGUAUUGCACACAAUGUGGGCAAGAGUAGGAGUUUGUUGGAGAUUGGACCGGUUGGUAACAUAGACCUGGACAGCAUUGUGGAUAUACUUGACAAUGUGAUGCUUUCGCCUGUGCCAGCCCAGCACCGGGUGUUUAUAAUUGAUGACUGCAACACAUUGCCGCCAGAUACAUGGAGUGUCAUAUCCAAGGUCGUCGAACGUGCACCCCGGCAUGUAGUUUUUAUUCUCAUCAGCCCCAACCUUGAUCUUCCUCAUAUAAUUUUGUCAAGGUGCCAAAAGUUCUUUUUCCCCAAACUGAAGGAGUGCGACAUUGUGAACACUUUGCAGUGGAUUUCUACUAGCGAAAGCCUAGAUGUUGAUAGAGAUGCACUGAAACUUAUUGCUUCCCGGUCAGAUGGGUCAUUGAGGGAUGCGGAGAUGACCUUGGAUCAGCUGAGUUUGCUUGGGCAGAGAAUUUCAAUGUCGCUUGUUCAAGAACUCGUUGGCUUGGUUUCUGAUGAUAAAUUGGUUGAUUUGCUUGAUUUGGCACUUUCCGCUGACACUGUUAACACAGUGAAAACCUUACGGGAUAUUACCGAAACAGGGGUUGAGCCAAUGGACCUGAUGUCUCAACUUGCCACAAUAAUCACUGACAUCCUUGCUGGCACCUAUCCAUUCACACAAGAAAGAGCGCGAAGAAAAUUCUUCAAACGUCCAACCUUAUCAAAGGAUGAUAUGGAAAAGCUACGCCAAGCCUUGAAAACACUCUCUGAAGCUGAAAAACAGUUGAGGGUCUCUAAUGACAAGAUGACCUGGCUUACAGCUGCUCUGCUUCAGCUUGCUCCUGAUAAACAGUAUAUAUUGCUGAGUUCGUCCACGAAUACGAGUCUUAAUCGGGGUUUGCUUACCCACCCUGAGGGAGACAUUGCAAGGAACUCUGCUGUAGAUCAUAGUGAGAUACAUGCUGGUCCCCAUGGCUUACCAAGAGCAUCUGACCUUGGAAAUCAGCAGUAUAGAGAUGUUAAUCCAGGUGUUGGUUCUAGCAACAACAUGGGAAGCAAUUAUCACGGAGGACGGAGAGCUGGGGAACAUACACCAGACAGCCAUGUAUUGUCAACAAGUGGUACCAGAGUGAAUGAAGGAUCUAAAUACAGCAAAACUGACAGUAAUAUGAUUUGGCAGGCUGUGCUAGAGAAUGUUCAGUCAGACUCGUUGAGAAAAUUGCUGGCUAAAGAGGGGCGACUGAUUUCUGUCAGCCUAGGUACAGCACCAACUGUCCAAUUAAUAUUCAGCUCCCGUGUGAAUAAGUCCAAAGCCGAAAAGUAUAGGGGGCAAAUUCUGCAAGCAUUUGAGUCUGUUCUUUCUUCUGCUAUAAUACUUGAAAUCCGAUACGAAUCAAAGGAUGAUCUCACAUCAUAUCAUGCUCCAGUUAUCUCUCGCUACCAUGAGGAUGGCUCUUCGAAUAUGGUAUUAAGGAGGUCUUUCACUAAACAUAGUUCAGUUUCUUCUGGAGGUGAAAAUUUAAUUAGAAGGCUUCAAAAAGACAGCAUUUUCCAGGGUACUAGCUCAAAUCAGACACGCUGGAUGCAAUCUGAUCCACAUAUAUUGACCGAAGGUGAAAUUAUUGAAGUUGGAUCUCAGAUGGAUUGGCAUGCUGAACCAGAUAAUGGCAUUGUUACAGCAAACAAAAGAAGACAAGCGAGUGUGUGGAGAGAAGGCUUGUCAUCACUGGACCAAGAAAUUCCUCAAGGAGGGAAAAAUGUGAAUAACGAACAUGGUCGACAAAAAAACAUUGUAAGAGGCAAGGUAUCUCUUGCUCAUGUUAUUAACCAGGCGGAAGCUCGUUCUCAACAAGGUGGCUGGUCUAGGCACAAAGCUAUAUCAAUUGCAGAAAAGCUAGAGCAAGAUAAUUUGAGAUUGGAACCUAGAUCUAGUUUGCUUUGUUGGAAAACUUCAAGCACUUCUAGACGGAAGCUAUCUGCACUGAAGAUCAGGACACGAAGAUCACGAGCUUUAUCAAGGCUCGCCUUGUGCGGAAGGUGCAUUUCAGCGGGAUCACCAAGAUGAAACUUCGGAGUAUCAGUCGCCGGAUUUUACAUGUAGCUCGAUUAGUAGGCAAUCUGUAGGUGUAGCAGCAAUCUGUAGGUGUUGUUCUGUAUAUUGUUUAACAUGUAGGAGACUGAGAUAGACGCCAUAGCCCAUUCUUUCCCGUGAAGCACCAUCAAUAAUUGCUCCAGAAUUCGCUGGUCUGAAGCCAAGCUGUGCCAGUAAAUUGAUCUCCUGUUGGCGUUGACGAUAAACUGAUAUCAGAAGAAGACUACGAGCACCGGCAGGCUUCUCCGAACUCCACAGGCGUUUUUUGUUUCCUUCUUUCUUUUCGGAUCCCCACCAGGUCACCAGCACCACGGGAUGGAGAGGACAUUCAGCAAGAAGGCGCGCCGCCGCCACCAGCAACAGCUGCCCGACGACCUCAUCGCCGAGAUACUCGCUCGAGUUUCCUACAGGUCGCUCUGCCGCUUCAAGUGCGUCUCCCGGCGGUGGCUCGCUCUCUGCUCUGACCCCGGCGUCCGCCGCAAGUGCCCCAGACCAUGUCCGGCUUCUUCUUUCGCAGCACGGCCCUCUGUCCCGCUGGUUACGUCCGUGUCAACACGUCAGGAAGAGGCCCGCCAUGGUCGACCCCUCCCUCUCUUUCCUGCCGCCCGACCACAGGGACGUGUACUUCG